AUGGAGAAGAUGACAUAUCUCAAACUCAUCAUUUACUUCAUACAUGACAAAAACUGUCAAGUUUCUAGUCUUGUCAAUCAAACAAAAUCAUGUAAUCUCAAGAAGAAAGAGAAAGCCGACAAACCCGACAAGGAUGUUUUACCCAUCGCGAGGAGUUUCGACACCACAAUCAGAGGAGGCCCGACGACGAUUUCGCACCUGCCUGGAAUUGCGAGCAGCAGCGCCUUGGCGCGGGUCUCGACCACCCGUUCCCGAAAAAUCGGCGUGCAGCAGAGGGUUUGGGCGAGGGUUCCUAGACUCGCGACGGCCCCUAUUUUCUCGAACAGCGGCGCCAUGGCGAGGGUUUGGGCGAUUUCCGGCGCAAGGGUUUCGGCGACGCUCAGAAUAGACUUCCGGCACGCGGGUUUCAACGAUUUUCGGCACGAUGGUUUGGGUAACAAUCACUACCACGAAUUUCACCAUGCUACUGCAGGCUUCGACAACGACCAGCAGGGGCUGCCACUCAUGGGUUGGGAAUUUGAUGAGCCUCAAGACGUCGCUUACCGCUGUGCAGCUGCUUGCCGUGGCAUCCACCAGGAUUUCGACCAGCGACGCGUGGGAUGGGAUCUUGGCGAGGCCUACGGUUUCGACCAGUGA